GAGCCUCCAAACUACCCCAGUCAGUCCGAGUGAAGAAAAAAGUCCUGCGCGCUUCUGCCCCGGUUCGGACCAGGACUUCAGCAGGUCGGAGUCUAAAACCUACAACCCUUUGGCACACAGGGAUGGUGGAGUGAAUUUCAGUUGUGUUAAUCAGUGAGAAGGAUUUUUUUAAAGCACAUCUGCGGAGGCUGGAGCUCAUGGAGAGGCUCUGUGCGCGUCUCUCCCCGCGCGCGUCUCUGCGGGAUUAAACUCAGGACGCGGGACUUACAGCCGGGGAUCGACCGCUUCUGCGGUGUGUGGGGCGGAUUUACAGCAUGGCCGGGGGUAGUCUGGUUCUUCUGAUAGUGUGUGUGAGUAUGUGUGGAGCUUCAUGGGGAGGACAGCAGCGCUACAGCCUUUACGCAGGGAACAGGGAGCAGGGACAAACCGGGGACGGACCCCGAGCCGCCAGCAGGCAUAGGAACUGGUGUGCAUAUGUGGUGACAAAGACAGUGAGCUGUGUGGUAGAGGAUGGAGUGGAGACAUACGUGAAGCCUGAGUAUCAGCCGUGUGCCUGGGGUGUGCAGUGCCCCCGUAUUCUAAUGUAUCGGACGUAUUUAAGGCCCAGAUAUAAGAUAGCAUACAAAAUGGUCAGUGAGAUGGAGUGGAAGUGUUGCCAUGGAUACAGCGGAGAGGACUGUAACACUCAUAAUGGUGGCGGGAAUGGAGGAUCUGUCACUCAAAUUUCCACAGCAAGACCGUGGCCUAAACCCUCGAACCCAGGACACACAGGACACGGACAGAAUGGAGGCAGUGGGAGAGUUGACAACGAAAAGAUGAAACAGAUGGAAGAUAAAAUCCAACGUUUGACCAAAGACCUUAAUGAUUUGCAGUCUACAUUACGCGCCAUGAAUGAAAAGUUUCAGGAAGAGAUGAAAAAGCCUGGCGGUGGGAUGACACCAGCAGAUGCUGCAAAGCCAGAAAUGAAGGAAACGAUUCACAACAUUCAGACCAAACUGGACCAGCUGGACAAUCGGACUCAGGCUCACGACAUAACUCUUCAUAGCAUCAAUAAUCACCUGGUUAACGGAAAAGGCGGAAACGAUCUGGGCAGCCAUGAUGGAGGCAAAUUCAAUACCCUAAAAGAGGAAAUCCUGCGUGAGUUGGAAAGACGGGUUUCCCAGUCCUGCACUGCUUGCCAAGCUGGUGUCAAUGACCUACGGAAAGAGCAGCAGGGUGACAGGGACAGGAUUUCAGCCUUGGAAAAGAAGAUCAAUGAUCUGGAACAGCGUCACCGCCAGGAUCUGGAUGGCCUGCGUCGGGAUCUGAGUCGAUCUCAAACCUGUUGUGAUAAAAUCCUUGAUCUCGAGACGACUCUCAGGGAUGUGGAUAAGAGGGUAACGUCAACUUCUGAGACCUGCACCAGCCUUGAGGAUCGUUUGGAGAAAGAACUUCAAGGAACAGGAGGUGGUGGAGAUUUUGGAGGAAUAGGAGGAAGUGGAGGAGGAAGACUAGAGGAUACUAUCAAUGGCUAUCUGGAAGAUUUGGAAAGACGGGUUAACAGCACAGUACAGAGGACAGAAGACAACUGUGCAUACAUGGAGAACGAUUUGAAGGAUUUGUUCCAAAAAGGCCUUAUUGACCUGCGCAAGGAGUUCAACGAUCAGUUCAGUAGUCAAGACAUGAGAAUCAAAUAUAUGGAGAUGGACAUUGGGAACGUGAAAGAAACAUUGUUUGACCUGGACAAGCGCUUGUCCCGAGUACAGAAUGCCACAGCUCAUAUGGAUCGGAGAAUAAAUGAAUGCUGUUCAUUCUCUGGUUCUAGACGACCCCCAGGAGGAAGUGGAAUUACUCCUACUGAAGAAACAGAUACAGUCAAGUCCCUGGAAUGGAGGGUUGUGGCCAAUGAGGAUGAGAUCAAGAGAUUUGACACAAGGCUCAAAGAUCUCUCUGUUUCUGGUGACACGCUACGGGACAAAGUGAUCGAUCUUAACAAUGAUGUGCGCAAGAUCAAAGAAGUGACCGGCGACAAUGGAGAACAUUUUAUUCGUAUCAUUACUGAAAUUGAGAACUGUCAGUCUGACCUUUGUAGGACAGUGCAAGAUGACCUAAGGAAGCUCAAGAACAUCACAAACCAUGCCAUGGACAAGUGGCAAAUAGAGUUGCAUGACAUCAAGGGCAAGGUGGAUUCAGGUUGCUCAGACGGGUGCAGCAGCCUGGAAGAGGAAGUAAAUAAACUUAAAGUGGAUGUGGAAAAAUGCAAGAUCUGUCUGGAGACUCCAACAGGCACAGGAACAGAACCCGGAGAUCUGGAUGGACCUCAGAGACCCCUGGAUGGCCACAGCGUGAUCAGCAGCAACAAUGUUAAUCUUGGAUCAAUCCAGGGUGAGUUAUCAGGAGUCAUUUUAACCUUCAGCUCCAUCAACGACACUCUAAAAGGUCUGGAGCAUAGCGUCCAGAAGCACGAUAGCGUUAUCACUGAUCUGGGAAACACAAAGGACAAAAUCAUCUCUGAGCUUGAUAAGAUCCAACAGGAAGUGACGGAGCACAUUGAGGACAGUAAGCAGCGCUUCGACAACAUCGAUCGUGACAUCAAACGCUUCGGACACAACUUUGUGGAGAGAACAGGCAACGGGCUUGAGAAGAGGAUUACUAAACUGGAGGGGGUUUGUGGGCGACUCGACUCUGUAUCUGAGAACUUGCAGAAGAUCAAAGAAGGAAUCAACAAGCACGUGACCGGGCUGUGGAGCUGCGUGAACGGGCUGAACAUGACCGUGAUCCACCACAGCAGCUUCAUCGACACCAUGGAGAGUACACAUCUGGAGAACAUCCACGGCAAGAUCAAACAGCUCAACUCCUCCAUGCUGCAUCUUCUCAAGGAGUUCAGGAGCCUGAUGGAGCAAGACUUCACAGGUCUGCCUGGACCCCCAGGCCCUCAGGGAGAGACAGGUCAAAGAGGAUUUCCAGGUCUACCUGGACCACAAGGACCACCCGGUAAACAAGGUGUGGAUGGACCAAGAGGACCACCAGGUCUCAAAGGAGAACACGGUCUUCCAGGCGUUGAUGCUAAUGUUCCUCAGGUCUCGUUCUCUGCUGCGCUCACAAACCCAAUGACUUCAUCCGGAACCAUAGUGUUUGAUAAAAUCUUUGUGAAUAAAGGAGACUUUUAUAAUCCGCGAACAGGGAUCUUCACAGCUCCUCGGGAUGGUCAUUACUUCUUCAGCGCUGUUCUGACGGGCCAUAAGAACGAGAAGAUCGAAGCAGUUCUGUCCAAGUCAAACUACGGAAUGGCACGUGUGGAUUCGGCCGGGUAUCAGCCCGAGGGCCUUGAGAACAAGCCGGUAGCAGAGACGAAACCGACACCUGGAUCUCUUGCCGUGUUUAAUAUCAUUCUGCCGCUGCAGGUGGAUGACACAGUGUGUGUGGACCUGGUGAUGGGGAAACUGGCACACUCGGUCGAACCUCUCACCAUGUUCAGCGGCACUCUGCUCUAUGAGGAUUACUCAUAACCGCGAGAUUUAUUAACGACAGGGCUGAACCUCGACCUUCUGAGUCACACUGUAAACACACUCUCACAUUUCUGUGAUUCUGUUCUUGUGUGAACUCCUGAAAUCAGAAGAGGAUUUAAAUCAAUCGAUUAUAUUACAUAAUCUUUCCUUUUGACUAUUUUUGAAGACAUUUUUUUCUUCUCUUUUUUUUACAGAAACUACUGUUUUUUAUAACUAUUAUUGCUAUAAAAAUAUUUCAGAUUUUAUAUAAAUCACACAAUGUUAUGAAUCGUUUAUCACCAAAGUUUCACUUCCAAUGUAAAAGUAGGCUCUCGCUACAGGACACUUGAGGAUAAUGCUAAUGAAGUCUCAUUACAACUAUUAAUAAUUAGCAUUAGGAUUAUGAUUAGCAUCGAACUGUGCCUUCAUUUUCAGUGAUCAUGUUUCUGAGUGUGGAUAAACUUGUGAGCAGUGCCUCACUUGGGAUCCACUACAAAAAACAUGCUACGUAGCAUGUAGCUGUGAAGUCGUUUAGUCAUUUGUACACACUUUACAAAGGCUCAGUGUGUGUGCAGAUUAGACAGAAUGAUCCAGAACAUCAACAUUUACCUCAAAUGUGUUGGAAAAUUACUCAACGAAAGAUUCUAUAAUACUAAAUUUUCACACAAAAGGUGCUGUCUGUUCAUUUUGGUGGGAAAAAAAACAAUUACAAGGAUUAGGCCUUAUAGGAAAGAACAUGGUAACUAGCAUAGAAAGGACUAGCUAGCUAGCUAAGUACCAUGUUAGCUAGCUAAACAUCACCAUAGAAACUGCUUUCGUUGAUUUACAAACAUAAAUGUGACUGUCAACCAGAAUAGGAAGGAAAAUAUUCACUGUGAGUUAGCAGUUAGUAGAUGUUAGUAUGUUAUGAUCCUCAGUUCUGUCAGCCAUGUUUUUAACUUCUAGUGUGCUGAACAGAAUUAUAGGGAAAAAAACUAAAUGUCUGAAAUGAGGACAUUCAAAAGACUGUUUAUGCUACCAUAGUGAUGAAGUACAGGUCAAAUAUAUCGUGUAACCGAUUAGUAGCUCAUCCAUGGCGCUCACCUGACUGUGUGUGUGUGUGUGUGUGUGUCUGCGUGGGUGCAUGGACAUUUCGCUGAGCCACAGUGAAACCUGAAACACCAUUUUGUAAAUAAAUAAUUAGACAAACAAAAGAUAGCUGGUAACCAUGGAAACCAUGACCAUCAGCAAACACUAAAGAAAAAGAAAACUCACAAUAUAAAAAACACACAAUAUGACACACACAAGAUCUGCCUAAGAGAUACAAACAAAACACAAUUUCAGCAAAAAAGGCAAAUGUUCACAGAUGUCAGUUUCGAUUCCUCUAACAGAAUUGACAUUAAAGUACCUAUAAGUAACAUUAGCAUUAGCAUUCUGUUAUAACAUUACAGAGUACUGAAAGAAAGAGCGACAGCAAAACAGCUCUAACUACAACUUUAAAGGGCCAAAGAAGGAUGUUAGCAUUAGCAUUAAGAGAACAUUCUCUUAAUUCCAAACAUUUUAUUGAAUAAAACACACAGUAAAACAGGUAGACAUUAUAUAUUUAAAGAAAUCUGUUAAAAAAUUAAAGAAGCAAUGAGAAAAUUAACCUAUUGGAAGUAAAAAAAAAAAAAAAAAGACGUAAACGGUUGGAACAAAUAAAACAUUCUCUCUUUAUACAGUUAUUGCAGAGUUAGCUUUAGUGCUACAGUAGCAUUAGCAUCUUUCUUUGACCUGUUUUGGAAAUAAGACACAGAGAAAGUCCUCGCAGCUGAAAUCCAAAGAAAUGACCAGUAUUUGCCUAUAAAGAGAAUUAGCAUCAUGUACAAAUAGAUUUUUUUAAAGGAAUAUUCCAAAGCGCUGUCCAAUUUAAUCAGUGACUGUUUUGUGCAAGAUGUUCGCCAUGUGAUCGAGUUAUACUGUAUGUCAUGCUGCUCUCACUAUUCUGCAUUACGUUGUUGUUAUUAUUAUUAUCAUAAUUAUUAUUAUUAUUGUUGUUGUUAUUUGGACUGUUUCCCUCAGAAAACAUUUUCACUUUGAAAAGAGUGAAAUCUGAAAUGAAGACGUGAAAGACGUGACGAGGCUCCUUGCGCUUUAACCUGUGACUCUGAAUGUGUUUGUUGGCAGCACAUGUGUUAAAUAAAUCUAUUUAAUUUUA